UCACUGAUCCCAACCCUGCAGCAGAGGUGGCUGCGGGGGCAGCAGCGCUUCGCCCGGCCUCCCUCCAGUCUUGCCUCUUUUUCCUAAGGCAGGCAGGCACUUUUCAUCUCUAGUGGUACCGAAAGAAGCCCUUUUGGUUCUUGGCUCGCCAGCUUAGCAAAGAUCCUAUGGCCCCUUUGUCACCAUCGGGGUCACUAAUGGUAACAUUUGCACCCACCGGCCCAGGCUGCCACCCCAAACUCCCCUCAGGCUUCCCUUCCUUAGCCAUGGAAAGCAAUUGGGCCACUUCUUCCCCAGCCAGCCCACACAUGCUGGGCAGGGGGCAGUUUGGCUUGGCCUCCUGUUUAGGCAUAUCCAGGAUGACAGUGCAAUCUAGUUGGCAGCUCAUGAUUCCACAGUUCUUUCUGGGUAUGUGUCCUCCAGGCAUAAAGCAAUCAAUUGGGGUGGACCAUUUCACUGGGGCAAUCUUUCUGGGUUCAAAGCCAGUGGCCAUUGGAAGCAGCUUUCUCAUUGCAAAGCAAACAAGGACAAAUCUGGGAAUUGGAAUGGAAAAGGAAGUCUUCCCCGGAGUCCUUUCAGUUUAAGUGACAGAACUCCAGCUAGAUGUCAGAAGAGCGCUGUGCCCCCUAUCAGAUGGGACUCUCAAUAUCCCCUCAAACAGUUAGGGAGGUCCCAGAAUAGCCCCUUUUUGCCUUAGGCCACAUCAUUCCUGAAUUUAUCUAACUUCUUCCUGCACCUCUUCAUUUUCAUCCUCUGCUUGGAGAGGCAACACAUACUAGGUUGGAGGAAUCCAGAAUCCUAGCCUCUAGUCCUGGCAUUGGGCAAAUCCCAUGACUUCACGGAUCUCAGUUUCUUCAUCUGUCAAAUGUGAUGGGAUUGGACAAGAGGGAUCCCUAAGGACUCUUCUAGCUUUGCCGGUCACAGCUCCUCUUCCUCUUCCUUUAGCUAGCGUUCCUUUCCACUUCCUUCUCUGGCUCAACUGUGGGCUCAUGCCAACAUCGUUCUUGGCCCUCUUCUUUUCUUUGUUGACAUCUGCCACCUGGCAUCUCAUCAUCCACUCUUGGGGCCGCAGGCUCAAUGUGCACAACUCCCAAAUCUCUGUCUCCAGCUCACAUGACUUUUCCGGCUUCCAGCAUCUUACUCCAGUUGUCUUUGACCAUACUGGAUGUGUCCCGACAGAACCUUCGGCUCGGCUUGUUGGACAGAUAGGUAGGACUUUGGAUGAUUUCCACCUGUGGAACUAGUUGAACCUAAAGGUCAGUCAUAGGGUGAGAGGCUGCAUGCUAUGGUCUGGGGCUCAUUGUACCUACUCACAAGGUUGUUGUGGGACUCAAAUGAGGUAGGGCAGGUAUAGUGCUGUAUACACAGUAGUUGUUACUCUGUCAGAGUCCCUCUAGCUUGGCAAGAUCUGCCAGGGCUGGAGUUCUGCUGCUCUGGUUUUUGAGAUCCCACACUGUAGUAGGUUAUUUGAAGGGGUCUUUUGCUCUUAAAAAAAGAAAACUAUGGGUAUAGAUUUAAGUGAAAGGCCAGGUGCUUAGCUUGAUCCAGGUCUUGAGGGAUAGGAAACACAAGUUCUCUGGCGCUUGAACCCAGGUUUCCUGUCCAAGGCUUUUGCUGCCAUCCUACCAUGUUCCUUUUCAAGGAAAGGCAAGCUUAUCCCAUUCUUAGAAUGCCAUUUCUCCCAGUGACAGUUAUGGAAUGAAUGGCCCUCUCCCCCCAGCCACCUCAGAGAACUGGUGUUGGCAGAGCCCACUUUCCCCUCACACACUUCCCAGCUUGUGCCCUCGCCAUUCCCAAAGAGCAUGAGUGGUUGCCAGGAUGGUUAGUUUGCGAUGGGCUUCUAGUUUCUUCUGUUGAGUCUUAGAGUUUGCAAAGAUUAAUUUGGCCAGAUCCUAGGUGAGGGGUUCUUAACCUUUAUGUGUCACGGACCUCUAGGGCAGUCUGGUGAAAGCUCCGGACUCCUCCAAAUCUUGUUUUUGAAUGGAUCACAUAAAGGACGUAGGAUUAUCAAGGACUCCGAUGAUAUUGUGAUCCAAUUAGCAAAAUGCUUUUUAAAAAAAAUAGGAAGAAAAGGGGGGGAGACCCAGGUUCCAACUCUAGGUUAAGAACCCCUGCCCCAGGUGAUCUCUAGGACCAGGCGAUGACUUUCAGGCCUAAUAGCUCACUCAUGAAUUCAUGCAGACCCCAGAAAUCACACUUGUGUCCUGGGCAUGGGUGCUGCAGACUUAGGUGGACAAAAGCAAUCUUAGAAUUGGAACCCAAGGCCCAGAAUGGCAGAAGGGGACAUUGUGGGAGCCCCACCUGAUCACCUCUGGGUACACCAGGAAGGUGUCUACCGGGAUGAAUACCAGCGAACAUGGAUUGCAUUUGUGGAAGAGGAGACCAGUUUCAUUAGGGCUCGAGUGCAGCAGGUACAGGUACCCCUAAGUGAUGCAGUCAGGCCCAGUCAUCUCCCUCCCUCCCAGCUCCCACUAAUGUGGCAGCUGUACCCUGAAGAGCACUACCUGGAUAACAACUCUAGGAUAUGGGAGAUAGAGCACCACUUAAUGGUCAGGGGAGUGGAGGAGCUGUUGCUUAAGCUCUUGCCUGACGAUUAAUCUGGUGCUGGGAUUCUAGGAAGAUAUGUCCAUUUGUUGUGUACAUUCUAUGGGAAUCACUUCACCCAGCACUGAAGUGUGCAUCUACCUUUGGGGGGAAAAGUGAAAACUGUUCAAGAACACAGCAUAACAGUUUAGGAAGGAAAGCGAAGAAUACUGUCAUACCGCAGGGGGAAUGUUAGGUAGAUACAAGGCCAGUCCAGAGGUGGGCAUUGAGUCAGGACACCUAGCUUAAAACCUCUGACUCUUGGAAAGUGCCAUGGAAUCUUUAAUGGACAUCGUCGGUCAGAACCUCCGUUUGACAUCCUCACACAAAAAGCAGCACCUCCAGAAAAGAUGCCCUGAUCACCAAGGACUUGUUUUAAUGGAUAUGUCCCAGAAGGAUCCCUGCCAGAAACAAGCCUGUGACAUUCAGAAAUGCUUGCAAGCUGAGCGAGCCCAUCUGGAAAGGAAGCUGGAAGUGCUCCAAGGGCGACAAUUCUUUCUCAUCAUUCUCCAGCAUCAUGUGGCAGCAGCCCGUAUCCUUCUGAGAAGACUCCAGGAGCUCCUGACUCCUUGCAGAGCUGGUGGUUUGUUCCCAGUUCCCAGCACAUCUCGGACUGCUGGAGUUCAGAAAAUUCCAGAAAGAUUCCACCAAGGGCGGACAUGGUGUUUCCGGGGCCAUGGACAGAAGCGUCCAAGCUCCCCAAGAGGUUGCUGGCCACAAAUGGAUGGACUGGAGAGAAAUAAAUACGGAAGCCCUUGAAGAAGUCGGGAGAGUGACUGCAAAGUCACCGAGGACAAAGACGAUGUCAACGGAGCUAAAGCUGAGACGAUGCCGAGGAGGUAGCUAGCGAUGGACUGCAGUUCUAGAACUUUGUUUCUACCUGUUGGGCGUUUGAUAUAACACUAAAUCUGCAGAUCGAUUUAGGUGAUAUCAUUUGCAUUCUAUCAGACAGUUCCAACCAUGAACAAUGAAUGUCUUUACAGUUGUUCCCCCCAGCCCCUGGACCCCCCACUGCUCGUGCCUUCCCUCUGAGAUGACCUCCAAUUUACCUUGUAUUAGCUUGUGUGUUGUCUCCCCAUUAGACUGUGAGCUUCUUGAGUGAGGGUAGGGACUCUGUUUUUGUCUUUCUUUGGGACCCCCCCCCAGCCCACCUCCCCAUGCUUAGUACAGUGCCUCAUCCAUAGUAAGUGCUUAAUAAAUGUUUGUUGAUCGAC